AUGUUGAUGAGUAAGCAUAAGAAAAACCAGAACGCCAAUGCUAAGAGGCUUCUGAUCAGUAUCAAUGUGUUUGGAAGCGCUGGACCGAUCCGCUUUGUUGUAAGGGAAGAUGAACUCGUUGCCGCGGUUAUUGAUACCGCUCUCAAGUCCUAUGCUCGCGAAGGCAGACUUCCCGUUCUCGGCGGAGAUAUCAGAACUUUCGCUCUUUAUUGUCCUCUUGUUGGAUCUGAUGCACUGAGUCCUUGGCACACAAUUGGAUCAGUUGGAGCUAGAAAUUUCAUGCUAUGCAAGAAGCCACAAGCAACCACUGGAGAUGAAGCUGGCAAUGGGACUGAAGUGGUUUCUCGCAGCAAAGCUGGAAGUUGGAAGGCUUGGUUCAACAAGUCUCUGAAUUUGAAGAUUUCUACCCAUUGA